UAGGGGAUGGGGCGGGACAGGGUGGGGGCCGCUGCGGUAGAGGGCGGUGCGAGUCUGACAUUGGGUUUUCUGUGCGCCAACACUUGGCCGGAGGGUCCUGGGCUGCGGGCGGAGGCGGCGUACGUGCCCUGCGUGAGUGCGUGGUGGCGGCGCGUGCGCGAAGCGAGUGGGCGGUGUGGCAGGUCCAUGUGCGUCCAUUCCCAAGACCCCCGCAGUUUCGCUCCGGGAGACUCCAUGACCCAAGACACCCCGGCGUCCGAGCCUCUCCCUGAGCGGCCAGUCCGGUUCUCCGGUCCCACAGUGCUUGCAGGUUCGACCAGCAGCCACAUAUUGUCAUGGUGAUUGUGGGCAACUACUGUGAGGCCGAAGGGCCCGUGGGUCCGACCUGGGCUCAGGGGGGCCUGAGUCCCUGCUUCUUCUUCACGUUCGUGUCCUCAACGCUGAUGGCCCUUGGGACUCUGGCCUUGGUGCUGGCUCUUCCCUGCAAGCGUCGGGAGCGACUCGUUAGCGCGGACGCUUUGUCUUGGGGGACUGGUCCCCACAUCGCUCCUUACGGGCUGCAGCUGCUUCUGGCCACACUUCAGGUGGCACUGCCACUGGCUGGCCUGGUUGGCCGGGUGGGCACCGCCCGGGGGACCCGGCUGCCAGGCUACCUGCUGCUGGCUUCUGUGCUGGAGAGUGUGGCCAGUGCCUUUGGCCUGUGGCUGCUUGUGAAGGAACGGAGCCAGGCACGGCAGAGUCUCGCAAUGGGCGUCUGGAUCAAGUUCAGGCACAGUCCUGCUCUCCUGUUUCUCUGGACGGUGGCGUUUGCAGCUGAGAACUUGGCCCUUGUGUCUUGGAACAACCCGCAGUGGUGGUGGGCAAGGGCAGACCAGGGUCAGCAGGUUCAGUUUGGUCUGUGGGUCCUGAGAUAUGUGGUUUCUGGAGGGCUGUUUGUCCUGGGGCUCUGGGCCCCUGGACUUCGUCCCCAGUCCUACACCUUGCAGGUUAUUGAAGAAGACCAAGAUGUAGAAAGGAACCAGGCUGGAUCGACAGACCAACAGUCUACUUGGCGAGACUUUGGCAGGAAGCUUCGCCUGUUGAGUGGCUACCUAUGGCCUAAGGGGAGUCCAGCUCUGCAGCUGGUUGUACUCAUCUGUCUGGGGCUCAUGGGCUUGGACCGAGCACUCAAUGUGUUGGUCCCCAUCUUCUAUAGAGACAUUGUGAACUUGCUGACUAAGAAUGCCCCUUGGAGUUCCCUGGCCUGGACUGUUACCACCUAUGUCUUCCUCAAGUUCCUCCAGGGUGGUGGCACUGGCAGUACAGGCUUUGUGAGCAACCUGCGCACGUUCCUGUGGAUCCGGGUGCAGCAGUUCACAUCACGGUGUGUGGAGCUACGCCUCUUCUCCCACUUGCACGAGUUAUCACUGCGUUGGCACCUGAGUCGCCGCACUGGGGAGGUGCUGAGGAUUGUUGACCGGGGCACAUCCAGUGUCACAGGGUUGCUCAGCUACCUGGUGUUCAACAUCAUCCCCACGCUGGCUGACAUCAUCAUUGGCAUCAUCUACUUCAGCAUGUUCUUCAAUGCCUGGUUUGGCCUCAUUGUGUUUCUGUGCAUGAGUCUUUACCUCAUCCUGACUAUCGUGGUCACUGAGUGGAGAACUAAGUUUCGCCGUGCCAUGAACACACAGGAAAAUGCCACGCGGGCACGAGCAGUGGACUCUCUGCUAAACUUCGAGACAGUGAAGUACUACAACGCUGAGGGUUAUGAAGUGGAGCGCUACCAAGAGGCCAUCAUAAAGUAUCAGGGUUUGGAGUGGAAGUCAAGUGCUUCACUGGUUUUACUGAAUCAGACCCAGAACUUGGUUAUUGGACUUGGUCUCCUUGCUGGCUCCCUCCUUUGCGCAUACUUUGUCAGUGAGCAGAAGCUACAGGUUGGAGACUUUGUGCUCUUUGGCACUUACAUCAUCCAACUAUACAUGCCCCUCAACUGGUUUGGCACCUAUUACAGGAUGAUCCAGACCAACUUCAUUGACAUGGAGAAYAUGUUUGACCUGCUGAAAGAGGAGGCAGAAGUGACGGACCUUCCUGGAGCAGGGCCCCUUCACUUUCAAAAGGGCCAGAUUGAGUUUGAGAAUGUGCACUUCAGCUAUGCUAAUGGGCGGGAGACCCUGCAGGACGUGUCCUUCACUGUGAUGCCUGGACAGACACUGGCCCUGGUGGGCCCAUCUGGGGCAGGGAAGAGCACAAUUUUGCGCCUUCUGUUUCGUUUCUAUGACAUUAGUUCUGGCUGUAUCCGAAUAGAUGGGCAGGACAUUUCACAGGUGACCCAGACCUCUCUCCGAUCCCACAUUGGAGUUGUGCCCCAGGAUACUGUCCUCUUCAAUGACACUGUUGCCAACAACAUCCGUUAUGGCCGUGUCACAGCAGGGAACAACGAGGUAGAGGCUGCUGCACAGGCUGCAGGCAUCCAUGAUGCUAUCAUGACAUUCCCUGAAGGGUACGAGACCCAGGUGGGUGAGCGGGGUCUGAAGCUAAGCGGUGGGGAGAAGCAACGAGUUGCCAUUGCUCGCACCAUUCUCAAAGCUCCAGACAUCAUUCUGCUGGAUGAGGCAACUUCAGCCCUGGAUACAUCUAAUGAGAGGGCCAUCCAGGCUUCUCUGGCCAAAGUGUGCGCCAACCGCACCACCAUCGUGGUGGCACACAGGCUUUCCACUGUGGUCAAUGCUGAUCAGAUCCUUGUCAUUAAAGAUGGCUGCAUCGUGGAGAGAGGACGGCAUGAGGCACUAUUGUCCCGAGGUGGGGUAUAUGCUGAUAUGUGGCAGCUGCAGCAACAGGGACAAGAAGAAGCCUCUGAAGACACUAAGCCCCAGACCAUGGCUCAGUGACAAAAGUUGUGGUUUCUUCCCUCUCACACACUAACUCAGGGGAAUAAGAUGUGUCCCUUUUCCCUGGCUUAUUUCAUCCUGGUCAGGGGUUUGGUGCUAGCUGUUAUGAGGGAAAGGGGCCUUUUAGAAAAGUACUUUUUGGGAAAAUAAAUGUGUGGAAUGUGUGA